UAUAUUUGACUACUCACUGUGCAUUUCCUCCUGCCUGCUGCUCCAGUAUUCAAAUGUUGCCAUUCUUUACAGCACAGUGGUAGCGAGAGACUAAAAAAAGAAAAGAAAGUGGUAGAGUGACUCUGUGUUUUUGUUUUUCUAUGUAAAUCAUGUCAGGAAAAGUGCAGUAGAUGAACAAAGACAUCGAGUCGGCAUUGAGAAAAGACACUGACACAUAUCAUUUUCUCCGACAGGCAUCAAAGACACAAACUACAGUCUCAAGGUCCAGGACACCUGCCUCAUCUGACGGGGUAAAACAAGAGUCAGCUUGAAAUGAACUUGCCACAUCGCUAUGGAUCUUGAAGAUGCUUGUUGAAUUCCCUCUCCCACACCUCCUCCCCGUGUCAUGGAGUUUGACCCGAACCACCUCCGUGACCCCUACAAAACUGUGGACGACAACGUCGAGCCCCCCGAUCUGGAGUGCGCCAUCUGUUUCUGUCAGUUCAACAAUGUCUUCAACACCCCUAAGGUACUUCAAUGCAAGCAUACCUUCUGCCUGGAGUGUCUUGCGAGGAUGAACGUGACGUCCUCCCAACCCGACACCAUCCAGUGCCCUCUGUGCCGCGCAUACACCCCGUUACCCAACUUGGGUCUUCCCAAGCUAGCAAAUGACUCCACAGUGCUGUCUUACCUCCCAGCUGCCAUGCAGCAUGUCUACAGUAUCCGCUUUAACCGUGACAAAGGCAAACUGCAGGUGAAGAGAGUGCCCAGCUCUGCCCCGGCUCCGACGCAAGCCAUCAGCCAGACUCUGGACGUCGGGAACCCAGCGGGCUCGGAGGGUCACCAGGGCAGAGACGGUGGUAGAGAGAGGUCAUUACUGAUCACAGUACUGAGAACACCCCUGUGCAAAGCUUUCAUCAUGAGCCUGGUGGCCAUAAUGACCGUCGUUCUCACUAUUACUAUCAUCAUCAUCAGCAACAAGAAAUAAAACCAAAUAUAUUGGUUUUUACACAUAUACGCUAGAGCAUGAGAAUAUCACAUACAGUUAGUUUUUCUAAUGAUUUGUACAAUGUACACGCAGCUCACACAUGUGCUUUGAAUUUUUUUAAUUGCACUAAUCAGUUUGUCCACAAGGUGGCGACAAUGGCCCUGGCUGUUUCACAGUUGGAAAAGAAACAGAACGAGAACAACAACAAACUGCCAUGAUAACAUAA